AUGCUGUCAGGAGAAGAAGAAACAUUGUCGAAACGAGAAAAGUUAAUUCUCACUCUGCGGUUUCUCAAGAUAUAUUGGAAAAUAUUGUUUGCUGUAAUUUGGGCUCUGCUUCUGAUCCCUCCUCUUCUUGUUUUCAAUUACAGGGAAACUAGAUGCGCCUAUGCCAUAUUGAUCAUGGCUGGAUAUUGGAUCACAGAAUGUUUCCCCAUGGCGGUUACUUCGAUAAUUCCAGUGGUGUUAUUUCCAGCAUUUGGAGUGUUAAGCACGGCAGAUACUUGUGCUUGUUACAUGAAUGAUACUAUAAUGGUGUUCAUAGGAGGUCUAAUUCUUGCUAUCGCGAUCGAACACAGCAAUUUACAUCUACGAAUCGCUCUUGGGGUGAUGAAAACAGUUGGUUGUACUCAUGGAAAAUUGCUCGGUGGUCUUUGCGCCGUAACAGCUUUCAUAUCCAUGUGGGUCUCGAAUACUGCUGCAACCGCUAUGAUGGUACCAAUCAUAUUUGCUGUUUUAAACGAAUUAGAACAGGGAACAGCAACCGACAAGGAUAACAACAGCUUAUCUGCUAGCUGCAGCAUACUGUUCAACCUUCGGAGGUACAGGGACGCUCGUAGGCACCGGUACUAACCUUACUUUCAAGGGCAUUUUCGAAAGUAUAUUUCCCGAUUCCGAAGGCAUUAAUUUUACGCAGUGGAUGAUCGCCUCGUUACCGCAAAUGAUUGUUAAUACUUUUUUGACGUGGUUCUAUCUUCGGGUAGUUUACAUGGGUUACCUUAGACCUUACAGUGAAGAUGCACAGGUAGCGAACAUUGGAAUCGAAGGAGAAUUGGUUACGAAUCAAGUGAUAGAGCAAAGAUACAAAGAAUUGGGUAACGUUAGAUUUCACGAAGGAGCAGUUGCCGGUCUUUUUCUUAUCUGCAUAUUUUUAUGGCUAUUUCGAAAACCUGGCUUCGUAAAAGGUUGGGCCGAAGUGAUAACGGAGAUCUGCUGAAAGACCCUUCAAAUCUUCGGAAGGUUUGAUCACGUGGGACGUUAUCCAAAGGAAAAUGCCUUGGAGUUUAAUGUUCCUUUUGGGCGGUGGAUUCGCGAUAUCAAGGGGCAGUAUGGCUUCCGGUUUGGCAAGAAAAAUCGGUGAAACAUUGGUACCGCUGCGCUACUUGCCUCCUUUUUUCAUCAUGUUGAUUGUUUGUUUUUUUAUUGGCACUAUUACGGAGUUUACUUCAAACGUUGGAAUCGCAAACAUCACCUUACCAGUUAUCGCACAGAUGUGCGUUGCGAUGGAGAUGCAUCCAAUGUAUUUGAUGGUACCGGCAACUAUAUCGUGUUCUUUCUCUUUCCGAUUACCAGUCGGUACACCUCCGAAUGCAAUUGUAUCAGUUGUUGGACGUAUUCCGACUAAAUCGCUGAUGACGGGAGGUUGCGGUCCUUCCACUUAUGGUCUCAUAGUAAAUUGCAUUAACUUUGUCACAUGGGGUAUGUUCAUUCAUAACAUUAGAGAUUUCCCCGACUGGGCUACGAGCGGCUACGCACCCGUAGAAAAGAAGACGUGA